UUCUUUUCUACUUCGAGCCCCCGCCUCCUCCGGCGGCACAGAAAUAGAAAGGUUUGGCAGAAAGAGCGCCUCUUGUUAGUGAGAGUGAGGACACAUCAGCAAAAAACAUAAAUCUGCCACAGUUUGAGCCAGGUUUCAAACUCCGGGGUCCGAGAGAUUAUCACCAGCCGCAGGAGACCGCUUCCUUCCGUUUGCUCAGCAUCAGCAACGUUCGAAACCACACAAAAAGAGGGUACCAGCUUGGCUGAACACCAAGCCGGGGUCUGUAAAUAACCAAGCUUAGACAGAUUCUGAAAACAAAGUGGCCGCUAAGGGCUAGUGAAUUGACCUGCAUCUGUCUGCCGUCGAGUUAGCUUGACAAGUUUCAGCAGUUGAAAGAGUUUUUGAGGGAAUGGCAUUGGACUUCGCUGCGGGCUGCGUAGGAGGUGCUGCUGGUGUUUUGGUCGGACAUCCAUUUGACACCGUGAAGGUGCGGCUUCAAGUUCAAAAUGUGGACAAACCUCUGUACCGCGGGACCUUUCACUGCUUCCAGUCAAUCAUACGCCAGGAGUCGGCGCUCGGCCUGUACAAAGGCAUCGGCUCUCCAAUGAUGGGGCUGACCUUCAUCAAUGCUAUAGUUUUUGGCGUCCAGGGCAAUGCCAUGCGCAAGCUUGGCCGUGACACACCGCUCAACCAGUUCCUGGCUGGAGCCUCUGCUGGAGCCAUUCAGUGUGUCAUCUGCUGUCCCAUGGAGCUGGCCAAGACGCGCAUGCAGAUGCAAGGGACUGGAGAGAAGAAGUCUAAGAGGAAGAUGUAUAAGAACUCCCUGGACUGUCUGGUGAGAAUCUACAACAAGGAGGGCAUCCGAGGUAUCAACCGCGGCAUGGUGACCACCCUGCUGCGUGAGACACCUGGUUUCGGCGUGUACUUUCUCGCGUAUGACAUGUUGACACGCUCCCUGGGCUGCGAGCCAGAAGACCCGUACAUGAUCCCCAAGCUGUUAUUUGCCGGUGGAAUGUCGGGCAUCGCUUCCUGGAUCUCCACCUACCCAGUGGACGUGAUCAAGUCGCGUCUGCAGGCGGACGGGGUCGGCGGUGUCAACCAGUACAACGGCAUUAUUGACUGCGUCAGACAGAGCUUGAAGAAGGAGGGGUGGAGGGUGUUCACACGUGGGCUCACGUCCACUCUGCUCCGUGCAUUUCCAGUGAACGCUACCACAUUUGCCACUGUGACUCUAUUUUUAAUGUACAUGCGCGAGGGAGAAGAGUGUAGCAUUCAGGACCCUGAGCCACAGUCCGUCCAGCUGCAGCCUCUGCAGCCACAGACACAGCCGACCAGCAUGUAAGCAGCUGUGUCGCAGCGAGCAUCACUAGAGUCGUCAGCAAAUCUGUUUGGUAUAGAUGGAAUUUGCAGCGUCUUGCAGGUCUGUGAUCUGUCAACUGGUAUCCAUGAUAACAAAGGUGAACUGACCCUAGGUAAGCAUUUGUCCACUGAGCUUCAGCCAAGUGACCACGUAGUAUUUAAGUAAUAUAUAUUUUAAGAUAAAAUCUGCACUUGUAAAUAUGGUCUCUUUUUAAACGUCCUUGGUUUUAUACACAUGUUGUUGAGUUUAAAAUAAUUUAGGAAACUUGACAGUUACAAGAGUUAUGGUUACAGAUGUCCCUAAAAUUUUGAUUAAUAGAAACACUUUGAUGCUGCGUUCAGGUCACAAUGAGUUAUACCUGGAAUUAAUUUUAACAACUGGUCUACACUGUUAACAACAUGCCUGAACUUGUAGAGUAAUCACUCAUAGUGAUCGAUUACCUAAAACAUUUGGGCAGGCUGUUGAAAAUGAAUGCAUUUGUACUGUUCCUAACUGCAAACUCCAAUCAAUGAAAUUAAUAUAAUUUAAAUAUUUAAUUUAUUAAUUUUAAGCGGUUGACCAAUCUGUAAUAUUCUCUCCACUGUGUCCAGGUCAAAUGACCCCCUUACUGUGGCUCUCCAUGUGAACACAGCAUUUCAGCAUUGUGUAGCAAUGGUUACAAGUACAAAGAGAGCCUUAUACAUAUACAUGUACAUUUAUGUAGAUAUGGUUGUAUUCAUUUUUCUGAAGUUACACAUGUGUACGUAGUUUAACUUUCUUAUGAAAAGUUGUAGGAAUUUAAUCCACAUUGUGACUGCUGCCUGACAUUUUAAUCAAGUAUUAGGUUACAGCUGUUCUUUUUACUUCAGUACUUAAUGAUCAACCUUAGAUUCUGAAAUUUAUAUUGAUACUGAAAAUAUUACAGGCUCAGAUAGUAACUCAUUGCAUUAGGACAUUAACAUAGUUAAGAAGAGGUCAGAUACAGAUUAAUCACGCAGAAUAAUUUCUACUUAUUACACAAUUACUGUGCAAAAAGAGAUCUGAUACUGUUUGUAAUCUUGUUGUUUUGGACAUUGUACAGUGUCCAAAGAAAAAGCACCUUAUGAUGUGAUCUUCAGCAUACGGUUACAUUUUUAGCAAUCAGAUUUUUUACUUUACACUCAAUAGAUUUUAGAUUUUGUAUUUACAAUGCAAGAAUCUGUUAUAGUGUGGAACAAAAACAACGGUUUGUUUAAAAAGUGGGCUUUGUAAAAUCCAUAAUGUAUUUUUAAACCUCCCUCUCUCUGUCAUUUUAUACGACGCACAUUGUUUAGCAGGCUCCAUGUUCUCCAUAAGGAGGCGCUGUCAGACCUGUCUUGUACACACUACCUGCCCCAGAGAGCCAGAGAAAGUAAUCGCUCCUGCAGUUUCAACACUGAGCUGCAAAUUUUCUGUCCUUGAUCCAGCUGCAUAUUUUGUUUUUCUUUAAGACAGAACAGUUGUGCUACCUGUUAGAGAAAUAAUUAAACCUCACCUCAACUACAAAUUAAAUUCAGCUUGUGGCUUAAAACACCUGAUAUGAACAUACAGAAGCUGUUACUUUCCCUGCUCCUCUUCACGUCUUCAUCUGCAGUUUGUAAACUGCUGCUGCUUUUAACUUUUCUUACCAGUGAUUGGCAAAGUUAAGACUGAGGCUGCAGGGUCAGAAGUGCAGGUCUGAAACUGCUUUGGAGUUGCCCAAAGACACGAUAAUGUACAUGCUGUGAAUUUGGUGUUUUGUGUUCUCAUGUCAUCCUUUUAAUUAUGAAGGUGUGAAAUUUCCCUUGGCUUUAGAUUUACCUUAAUUAGAUUCUGUUUUUCUGUUUUCAGGACUUCAGUUCUGUUUUGUAUAUAUGCUAGGUUUGACUGACUUUAUUGGUGGAUGUUACGUGAUUUCUGAUAUCUUUGCAAAACUGCUGCUUUCAUUAUCUGUUGUUGCCUUUAUGUUCUGUGCUUGUCUACUUGUACAUUAUCUUGUAUGAAAGCAGCAUGCCCACUCUGUAGUUCUUUAUGAGAAUGGUGAAAUAAAAGCCACUGUUUUCUCGUGGUCUGAAAGACA